AAACAGUAACACAACUAGAAAAUCACAUUGUGGUGGAACACUUUGCAGAGCAUGAUGGAGAAUAUACAGAGAGAUAGAUACAAAAUGAUGGCAUGGGCACUGCUGUUCUACCUAGGCUCACAGGUGUGCUGUCAGCAGUGUGGUGGUCCAUGCCAGUGCCAAGACUCUGUACCAGUGUGCCCAGAGGGAGUUCCUCUCAUCCUUGAUGGGUGCCAGUGCUGCCAGAUGUGUGCCCGCCAGCAGGGCGAGGCCUGCAGUGAGAUUUUGCUGUGUGACACUCAGCAUGGCCUCCAAUGUGACUACAGCGCCAGCUUCCCUGGUGACCAAGGGGAGUGUGUCAGUCAGAAGGAACUGGGCUGUGAGUUUAAAGGAGUCUCUUACCAGGAAGGCCAGGUAUUUCAGCCAUCCUGUGUUAUUCAAUGUCGCUGUUUGGGUGGAGGGGUGACCUGUGUGCCUCUGUGCAAGGAAGAUGUUCUCCUGCCCACCCCUGACUGCCCUCACCCUCGGCGGGUUCUGCCACCCGGAAAGUGCUGUAAGGAGUGGGUGUGUGAAAAUAUGGACAACACAGUGCUUCAGGAUGCUCAAAUCGCUUCGAGAACUGACCAGUCACUGACUUCUCAGCUUGGACACCAAACCAGGCCCAGCUCAAACUGUAUAAAUCAGAGCUCUGAGUGGAGUGCUUGCUCACAAACCUGUGGGUCUGGGAUAUCCAAACGGGUGUCCAAUCAAAAUCCAGCCUGUCGCCUUGAGAUGCAGAUACGCAUGUGUAUGGUCCGAACCUGCCACCUUUUUCCCGUCAGAACCCCACAGUUUUCAAAGAGGAAAUGUCAACCCAGCUACAGGUCAGCAACCCCAGUGCGGCUUUUCCACCAGGGCUGCUAUAGUAUCCAGUUGUACAGACCCCGUUAUUGUGGCCUAUGUACAGACAACCGUUGUUGCACUCCUUACCACACUGGCACAGCACUGGUCACUUUCCGUUGCCCUGGAGGGAGACUGCUCAGUCAAGCUGUCAUGACCAUCAACUCCUGCAUCUGCCAUUACAACUGCCCCUAUUCAUCUACAGGGGCAUAUCGAGGAACAGCCUUCUGGGGUUAG